CGCGGGCGUAGCGGUGGGCGCUGCCAGCGCCGCUCCCGAGGAGGCGGGCGCCCGCCGCCCACCAGCUGCGGAUCAGGCGACCAAGGACCGGCCCUGAGGAGCUCCCGCCGCUGCCCGCCCCAUCAGGCGAGGGGCAGGAGACCCACCCCGAGCGACGCGACGCGCCCCGCCCGCCUGCCCCCGCUGCCCGAGAGCCGGACCGCCGCCGCCGCCGCACCAUGAAGAUCAAGGAUGCCAAGAAGCCGUCUUUUCCAUGGUUUGGCAUGGACAUUGGGGGAACUUUGGUGAAACUUGCAUACUUUGAACCUAUUGAUAUCACUGCAGAGGAGGAGCAGGAGGAAGUUGAAAGCUUGAAGAGUAUCCGUAAAUACCUGACUUCUAAUAUAGCCUAUGGAUCCACCGGCAUUCGAGAUGUCCACCUUGAGCUGAAAGACUUAACGCUUUUUGCUCGAAGAGGAAAUUUGCACUUUAUUCGAUUCCCAACUCAUGAUUUGCCUACUUUUAUCCAAAUGGGAAGAAAUAAAAACUUCUCAACGCUACACACGGUGCUCUGUGCCACUGGCGGCGGUGCUUACAAGUUUGAAGAAGACUUUCGCACAAUUGGAAACCUCCAGCUGCACAAACUGGAUGAGCUUGACUGCCUUGUCAAAGGCUUAUUGUACAUAGACUCUGUCAGCUUCAAUGGCCAGGCAGAGUGCUAUUAUUUUGAAAAUGCCUCAGAUCCUGAGAGAUGCCAAAAGAUGCCUUUUAACCUGGAUGAUCCAUACCCAUUGCUCGUUGUUAACAUUGGUUCAGGAGUCAGUAUUUUAUCAGUCCAUUCCAAAGAUAACUAUAAAAGAGUAACUGGAACAAGUCUAGGUGGAGGGACCUUUCUUGGUUUAUGCAGUUUGUUGACUGGCUGUGAAAGUUUUGAAGAAGCUCUGGAAAUGGCAUCCAAAGGAGACAGCACACAUGCUGACAAGUUGGUUCGAGACAUUUAUGGAGGAGACUAUGAAAGAUUUGGCUUGCCAGGCUGGGCUGUAGCAUCCAGUUUUGGGAAUAUGAUCUAUAAAGAGAAGAGAGAGUCUGUCAGUAAAGAAGAUCUUGCAAGAGCCAUAUUGGUCACUAUAACCAACAAUAUUGGGUCGAUUGCCCGGAUGUGUGCAGUUAAUGAGAAAAUAAACAGAGUAGUGUUUGUUGGCAAUUUUUUACGUGUGAAUACCUUGUCAAUGAAGCUUCUUGCAUAUGCACUGGAUUACUGGUCAAAAGGCCAGCUGAAGGCCUUAUUCCUGGAACAUGAGGGAUACUUUGGAGCUGUUGGUGCUCUUCUUGGGCUGCCAAAUUUCAGUUGAGAAUCCGGAUGUUGCUACACUGAACAAUUUUGCACCUGAAUGAAAGUCGUUUAUGGUGAUAGGAACUAAAUCUGUGGAGGGGAGAAGAAAAUAGCAAAUUUUUCCAUAAGAAGUGAUGAGCUACUGAAUUUUUGCCAUUAUAAGGAAGGAAUUUUCACACUUUUGGGCAUUGAAAAGUGAAGUUGUUGGGGAUUUUGUUUAUCUUCCUUGGUACAUGUAGCUGGUAUUGAACUUUUAAUAUGCAAUAUAUCCUCUGAAAACAAGCUUCCAGAAGAAGAAAUGCCACUCCCUUAAGUGCUCAGUGUGAAAACAGCUGCAGGCUUACUUUUGAGGCUUUUUAGGCCCAUCAUUUUUUUUAUAAAUUGAUGAAUGAAAAAUUUAUUUAGUUAGUUGUACUAUAUUAUGAACACAGUUUACUCUGUGUACUUACAGACAUCAACUGUAAGAACAAUAAGGUACAAUCUACAAGGUGAGGAAGCAGAGAAGUAAUAAUUUUAUUUUUAUGAGUCAUGGAAAUAAAUUGUUAGCUUGCUUUUGGAUUUGGAAGCUUGUUUUUGAAAGAUGAGGGCAGCAUCAAUGGACCAAUAUUUAGUGUACUUGCAAUAUAGAACUGUUCAUCAAAUUGUGGCCUUGGGAUAAAAUCCUUACUCUGGGGAACUGAUCAUCCGGAUUUUCUAUAUACUUCUAAAAUUUGCAGUUGUGAUCAUUGUAAUAAAUUUAGUCCUGAAGCCAGGGCAUGUCAUCUUAAACUUGUAGGAACAGUACCCAGUCAUUAGCUGUAUGACUCUUUCUGGACUAAAGAUUUAACCAAUUUUAUGAUACUGUUUUGAUGUUAAAUAUUUCUUAUAAGGGCAUGAGGGCCAACCAUACUAAAAGACAUUAAUAUUUUGGGUUUUAAGGUGUUAUUAAAACCUAUUGCUCAAGUUCCAUGGCGUGGCUGUGUUCUAUACACACACAUUCACCUUGCAUGUUAUGUAUCACUUUGUUUUCCUUUUUUUGUUUUGUUUUUGUUUGUUUGUUUAAUCAGAGCUGCAUACUAAACUUGUAUGUUAAAAAAAAUAAUUCUAUCAUCCUUUUAGAGUAGAGUAACUUAAAGUAGCCAAUUCAUGAAACCCAAUGCCAAAUGCAGAUGCAGUUUAAUUUAUUGUUGCUAUUUCUGGUACUGAGACUGCAGUUCUGUUGUGCUUGUUUUGAAGUUUCAUUUGACACAUUAAAAAAGACCCAAAAAGACUCAGCGCAACCGAUCCAAUUUAAAUAACAGCACUUCAGAAAAUAGGUCAUUAUGGUUUUUCUAGAAUGUCUUUAUAAGUGGUGUAUUGUGUUUCCCUUCAAUUAAUGUUGACAACAGAAAGUAGCCGUUGGUUGUAAAACUUUGUAAAGCCUUAAUUGUUUUCAAGGUUUUGACAGCCUUUUGAAACUUAUGCAAGUCAACUGUGUAUUUUUCCUGCACAAGUGAAGUACAUUGAUAUUACAGCUGGAUUAGAGAUCCUUUGGACCAUAGUUGUUGCUAUUUCACUUCUCAUUUUUUAAUUCUGGGAGAGUGGUUCUUGAAGCAGUAUUUGGAAGUUGCUUGUAUAAAAUUUACCAGAAGCAUAGAAGAUUGUAGACGAUUGUUACCUAAUGGCCAUGGUUUAUUUAAACUAUUUGAAGUUGAUAAGAGCUAAAAUAAGAUUUUCAAGUAAGUUGUAUGGAGUCACCAAAUAAAUGAAUGAAAUAGUUCAUGAAUAGCUGUACUGCAGAGAAACUACUGUGAGAAUCAAAAAGUAUGUCCUACAUCUUCCCUUCAAGCUUCAAAAAAACCUUGAUUUUUUUAGCAAAGCUUCCUCUUGCUAACUUAUUAGCACAAUUUUUACUUCAUUACAAGAGCAACCAGAGACGUUUUCAAGCCCUACCGUCAAGCCCUGGGGUAUUUUAUUUAAGUGACACUGGGUUUCAUCUCAUUUUCUCCUAAGCUAGAACUUGUACUACAGUCACAAGAUAAACCUUAAAGCAUUUUCAUCUAAAUCAUCUUCUAAAUAGCUUGAAAAGGCUUCUUUCUUUUAUACCAAUCACAGAAGUAAAUUGCUUUUCCCUAUUCUUCACUGGUUUUGCUUUCACCCUUGCUGUUUCUUUUCCUCAAAGACUGAAGUGGUUUUAGGGAAAAAUUGGGUUUUUCUCAGGGCUACUGUUGUCUUCUGAAGUGGAACCACUUCUCUAGAGAAAAGUUGUGUGAUACUUCUGAAGUAAAAUGUAAAGCUUAUUUUUAAUGUGUAAUCAUUUUCAGCUCAAUCAGCCAUGUGAGUGCCUUUUACUGUUUUCAUCUGAUGCCAAUUUUGCUGGUAUUAGGACUUUCUCCAGGAGGUUUCCUAACCAGCAUUGCUUAACCAUAGAAAAGGCAGAUGAUUUUAUUGGCCAUGGAGAUGAUCCCUUCAAUCCAGCAUAGACAGAGAUGACAGGACUGUCAACAGCAUCAGGUUUCCGGUUUCCUAUCUCUGUAGCCCUAAGCUUUUGCUUUUCUUGGUCUCAUCUCUCAGGCUUGGUCUACGUGUUACGCACAGUUUUGUUGUAGCAGCAUCUCCCUAACAAUCGUACAGGUUUUAGUCAGAUAAGUACAGAUUAUGUCUUGCCAAAGAAGUUCCAUUUUAGACGGAUCUGUUACAGGUUGGUGUGGCUACUAAAAUUCAUCACUUUCACCCUUCUACUAGGGGAACUGCAGUUGGAAGCAGAAGGGAAAAACUUCAUGAGUACGUUUUUAAUAUUUAGCAGGCUGGAAUGAAUACACCUGCAUCGCUCUUUACUGAAGCUAGCAGGGGUUUAAGUAUAAACACUUUUUCAUUCUUUUUUAGUAAAGCCCCAAUAAAUCUCACAAUUUAGAGAGCAUCAGCCUGGAUAUACUUUCUUAAUCUUACAAUUUGGUCCAGAUUUUUGAAGGCUGUUCAAGUGCAUGAACUGCCUUUUGAAGAUCUUUAUUUCUCUCUAGUGUUCUGCAGGCCAAUACCUGUGUGGUUCUACCAACACCUUCAUAAUUUGUGUUAUGGUGUAGAAAGAAAAUGGAGCAUACUGUCCCACUUACUCUCAGCUUGUCUGUUAAGAAUAAAAGUUCAGUUCUGGCUUCUCAUAAUAGAUUAAAUAUUACUUCAGUACUGUGAUAUUACCACAUGCAUUUGAGAUGUUGAUAGUUUUGCUUGCUUCACUUGAUCAAGCAUACUAACUAUCCAUGAAAACAUCUCUAAAGAUGCUGUGAUCUAUAAUUUAAUUCUUCCUCUGCUAACGGAAUAUGUUUGCGCAGGUAGUUUUUCCACUGGGUUUGCCAAACUGAGUGCAAAGUCCUGCUCUCUUUAGUUACUUGAGAAGAUUGUUCUAAAUGGGGGCUAUCCAGACUAAUGAGGAAGAUUUGGCCUUGAGGUCUUCUCCCUGGGGAACACAGAAUAACACUACUUCACAUAUUCCUGCUGGUGCUAUGUAUCAUUUGUGGAAAAUAAAGAUUAUAAAUAGGAAUUGUGAAUAGAAUAUUUAUGGCCUGGUCCUUCUGACAGACUCAAAAGUUACCAUUUUGCCGUUAUUUUUUGACCUUAUUUCAAGUUUCCCUUUCAUUAGAGUAUGUGGGCUGCCUUUGUAAAUGUGGCAAGUCAUUUGCGAUUUUAGGCUCCUGUGCUGCUUUCUGUAAGGCCCAUGCCAUCCCUGUGGUGCAUUAUGGUACAGAUGAUUUUCAUAGUCGGAUUGAAUUCAGUAUUACCCAUCAUCUUAUUUUGCCAUUGUAGCUGUUGAAAUAAAUAGUGUUAGAUAUAAAGUUGACGUUUGUCCUCUGCUGUAAUUCCAAGAACAUCAGAUAUUACUGUAAACAUUUGGGGGAAUUGUAUAAAUACAAUAGUACCCAUUUAAAAUAAUUUUUAAAGCUAACCCUAAGACUUGCCUUUCAGAUAAACUGGAAUUUGGUUUAUCAGUUGCUAAUCUAUAAACUGCUAGCAUUUCACAGUUUUUCUAGAAUCAAUUUAAGAACAUUGUAAGUACAGGCUUUGAGAGGAUGGAUACUGAUUUCUGAUUUUACAUCACAAAAGAUUUUCAUUAUAAGACUAGUGAGAAUUUUGAGACAUUAAAUUGUGACAUCUAGAACAUAGUAUGUUGAUGUUAGAGAGGAUAUAGAGAGCUUUUGAUAACUGCACUGCUUGUACAUUUCUGAGUUUGGGCAUAAACGAGUAUUUAAUUUUCCAUUUGCUGUCUUGUUAUGUGAAGCCUUCUAAGCACCAAUUGCUGUCUUCAAAUAUUUGUUCUUGUUAGUUAGGAAAAUGGACAGGUGAAUUUAUAAAUCGUAAACCCUUCUAGGAUGGAAGUUCUCCAAAGAGCCAUUUGGUUAGGUUGCCUUUUGCCUAUUGCAUUGCACUUCUGAUAUGUCUCCACUUUCUUGUUUACUGUUCAGACACUGAAAAUGUCAUGUAAAACUACGUGCUACAAAUUCCUAAUCACAAAUUUAGUCAUCUCUUGUUACAGCUGUUGUAAAUUAUAUCUUGAUGCCAUCUGUAAUACAGCUCUUGUAAAUUGUUUAAAUUAUUUUUCUUUUUAUAGAUUCUCAUUGCUGAAUGUACAGAUUAGGUUUCUUUAAUAUGUCCCUGAGUAAUUUGAUUGGGGCCCAAAUAUGGCCAAGACUGUAACUCAUCCCGUCAAUACUGUAAAUAUUUCUUUACUGCUCAUUUGCAUGAAUAAAGUUUGGAUUUCAUUUACUUUGUUGUAACCGAACUCCUCUCUGAUGGGCCUACAUUUUACAGUUUAUUUUUCUGGCUUUAUUACUACUUGUUCUGUAUGAAUGUUGAGAAAGCACUUUGUCUUUUCCUAAUAAAUGAUUUGAGAUUGGUGUUUUUCCCACAGAUUGCUUCUCUGGCGUUUCUAAUAUUAUCCAGAGCAUCAGAAGGUAAGAAUUAUUUCCAAAGCUUUCUUCUGCAGCGUUUGGAACGUGCUUGCGUUUGAAGGCCCUGUUUGCACAGUUUGGGACCCUGGGACAUUUCAGAGCUUGCUGUUUCAGAGCACCAAGCCUAAGUGUUAAUACUGCUGCCUUGAUGAAAUAAAUAAUCUCGGUAAU